GUAUCUUCUUCAUACUGUGCAACUAAUGUCGUUUUUUAUUCAGCCAGGCUGCAUAUCAGCCUACCAUGGAAGGAGAGCCAACUGUCCUGUCUGAAUUACUUUUGUAGACUGAAAUACGAGGAUGAGUGCCCCCUUCUGCAACAUGUUUACUCAGUCUGAAGAAAAUUGAUCUGGCACGUGAGGUAGAGCUAUUCUCCAUGUAGAAAUUGUUCAACUUUACAGUAGUAUAUAAAAACAUAAACGGGUCAUUUGACCAAGAAUUACAACACUCCCGACAAUCUGUGAGCAAGUGAGAGUUGUCACUGUCUGCAGUGCAGUGUUUAGUGCUGACUCCGUUUACUCUUUAUAAAUGGCUCAGCACGCAACAGAUAGGCUCCUGGAGCUAAAACAAAAAGUUGGCAGUUGUAUCGACGAAGCCAAAGACGGGCUUCAUCGUCUUAGCAAAGACAUAUGGAGUUGCCCAGAACUCGCAUAUGAAGAAAGAAAGUCACACGACAGGUUAGUUGCCUUUUUCUCAGAGCAGAAGGGAUGGACUGUGGACAGUCACUUUAAACUCGAGACAGCAUUCCGUGCCAUAUGGGGACCCGUCGGUGGCAAGGCCAAGGGGAACAAACAUGUCAUAAAUGUUGGUUUCUUGUGUGAAUACGACGCACUGCCGGGCAUUGGACAUGCAUGUGGCCAUAACCUCAUAGCUGAAGUAGGAGCUGCCGCAGCGAUCGGAUUAAAAGCAUUGGUAGAAUGCACACCCGAUUUUCCUGUCCCAGUCCAGGUAAGAUGUCUGAAGAUAUAUUUUAGGCGCUUGCUCACGCACCCCCCACACGAGAGCACGAAAAACACUCACACUGGAAAAUAUGUAGCUAUAGGAUAUUUAGCGUGUUUUCUGACCACUCCAGCGACUUUUAAUGGUAAACGAGCCUAGCGACAAAUUCAGCUACUUUUCAGGCUUGCCUUUUUGGGGAGUUUUGCCACUGAGAGGUUUUGUUGCAGAAACUGUGCACACCCUGCCAGCGAAGCACAAGGGGAGGGGUGAAAACGCUACAUAGCGACUUCUUGCGAUAAAUCGAGGAGCCAAUAGACAUUCUCACUGAAAAAUAGUUGCCAACACUGGGAAAAUUGUCUUAUCCUACUAAUACAUUUCUCAAUAGCCUUAGGGUGCGUGUUCUCCAUCUAGGAAUCUGCUGUUAGUUAAAGGGAUAGUAUGGGAUUUUUUGCAAUGCAGCCCUUAUCGAUUUCUCCAGUCAGAUUAACUCGUGGAUUCCAUUUUAUAUGUCUCUGCAUCCAGUGUGAAUGAAGUUAGAAGUAGUUUCGUGAGCCAAUGCUAACUAGCAUUAGCGCAAUGACUGAACGUCUACAAUCCGACUUCCAGUCAUUGCACUAAUGCUAGUUAGCAACUGCGCAAACGCUAGAUAACAACGCAGAUACAUAAAAAUGGUAUCCACAAGUUCAUCUGACUGGGGAAGUAGAUAAAGGGCUUGGUUGCCGAAAUCCCAAAUGUGUAGCUGACUUUUACUUCUGGGUUAACCAAGAAUAGCAGUUACUCAUUUAACACAUUUAUUGUAAAGAAACUGAAUGGUGUCAUAGGAUGAGUGUGUUAGGAGUCAAAAUAUGCCAAUAACCGUUCAAUAACAUAAAGCAUCAUUUUUGAGUGCAUUGUAAAAGAGGAUGUGCAUUAACCUAACUCCCAUUUAUUUUAUUAUCAGCCCUCUCCACAUUUAUUGGCUUUUAAUAGCUCUGACAUGGGCCGGGACUCAGGAGUUUUUCCGUGCAAUAUUGACCAGCCAACUCUUCUUCCACAGGUGACAGUGUUGGGAACCCCAGCAGAGGAGGAUGGAGGGGGUAAAAUCGACCUGAUAAGGGAAGGGGCGUUCGAUGGCCUGGACGUGGUAUUCAUGGCUCAUCCCUCACAGGAAGAUGCCUCCUGGCUGCCAGACGUGGCUGAACAUGAGUAAGGUUAUUUCAAGGGCUCACACACAAUCAAAACAGUCAAUUACAAUGUCUGAAUCCCAAAUAAUGCAUUCCUAAAAGGGUACAUUUGGGACGCACACAAUAUCUUUCAUAAUGUAUUAAGCAAUACAAACAUAUGGAUCCCAUUUCUCAUAGUUAAUGGCUGCUAGAACGAAAACAUAUUAGAAAGAGAUCCAUUUAGUAGAGUUCAAUCCAUUGUUAUCAGAUAAUAUCCCCUUGUAGACUGAGAUAUCCAUGAACUCUGUACUGGGGGCCCUAGCUGCAUUGCAGAGUGCUAUUUCAGGCUGCAGUCACUGCCAGGCAGUCAGGCCAGUUACAACAUUUAAGAUACAGCUGAUGUUCCCUUGGCCUACUCUCAGAAUAAACCACCAGGCCAACAGCAUAACUCUAAAGGCCAAAGUCUGGUUUCUGGUUUAAUUUCCAGUGAAAAGCAUGAGUUGUGCUGACUAACAGUAUAGUAAACUUGUGUAUAAAUAAAUAAAGAUAGUCGCACACUCUAAAUAUACUCAAUAUAAUUUAUGGGUAAACAACAACGUUUUGGCACUUAUUUUUUUCAAUUUCCAGUGUCAUAGUGAGGUACCAUGGCAAGGCCUCUCAUGCUGCAGCCUACCCCUGGGAAGGAGUCAACGCACUGGACGCUGCUGUGCUCGCCUACAAUAACCUCUCUGUGCUCAGACAGCAACUCAAGCCAGACUGGAGAAUCCACGGUGAGGGACAGCCCACUGAGCCCAGUUAACAUUAACACAUAUGUUAGUCCUGGUCUUAUACAUUCUUUUCACAAUAAGUUCAGAAGCAUUUUAACCUCAGAAUGAGAGGCAUGCAAACUCUAUGCAGCAAACAUUAACUAAGAUAGUUACCUAUUUUGCAAUGUCUAUGUUUUACACUUUCUCCACUUGCUCACCAGCUACAACCCCAAACAGUGUUACUUUGUGAUCCUGUGCAGGUAUCAUCAAGCAUGGAGGGGUGAAACCCAACAUCAUCCCUGCGUACACAGAGCUGGAGUACUAUCUCCGAACUCCCACACGCAAAGACCUGCCCAUUAUUAAGGCCAAGGCUGAGAUGUGUUUUAGAUCAGCUGCCAUGGCAACUGGUUGUGAAGUAAGCGCGAUGACAAAGUUACCACAAAGAAAAAUAUAUCUACGUUUACUUUUUAUUUUUAUUUAUUCUUUACAUGUGAAGAAGUCAUCUUGUUGCGUGUCACACCAAUUAUUGUUAUAUUUAACAAAACAUUGACUCAACAUAUACAUUAUCCAAUUAAAAUACAUAUCCAGAGCAAUUUACCAAAUAAAAUGUUUUUUUUUUUUUUUAAAGGUUAAACUGGAGUUUGCAAGGAAUGCAUUUUACAACGUUCUGCAGAAUCUCACCCUGCAGGGGUUGUAUGAGUUAAACGGCAAGGCUUUGGGGAUCGAAUUUGUUAAAAAUGAAGAUGUUCUCAAAAUCUCCUCUGGUAAGACAGCCCAACUCAAUCAUGCAUCCCUCCCUGUGCUUUCCACAGGCCCUCUUGUGGUCAUCAGAAGAUGUAGGAAGCAACAUUCUUGUUAUGCAAUGAACCUGUAAUGCUGUAACGUAGAACAAAAUACCUUUGAUAGUUUGUUAUCUCCACAGGUUCCACAGACUUUGGCAAUGUGUCUUUUAUUGUACCUGGAAUCCACCCAUACUUUUACAUUGGCUCAGAUGCUCUAAACCACACAGAGGAAUACACUGUGGCUGCUGGUACGUCUUUAUCAUACACCUGAAACAAAUGACAAAUAUAUGUUGUUGUUGUUAAAGGAAACAUGUAGUCUACUCCAUGACAUGCAAGUAUGGUGUCAUGGAGUAGACUACAUAUGUUUUUCCCCUCCAGUUCAGUUCAGUAAAUCUUUAAUGAGAAGUUUGAGUGCAACAUAAAACCAUAAUAACGGUGGAUUCAAUCAUUUUUCACAAAGGCCUAUUGUGCGUGUCUCUGAAUCUGUCGUCUAGGUGAUGAUAAAGCUCAGUUCUACACCCUGCGGGCGGCGAAGGCCCUGGCCAUGACAACCCUGGAUGUGCUGCUGUGUCCAGAGCUGCUGCAGAGGGCCAGGGAGGAGUUAAAGGAGGCUAAUCUGAAGGAGGAGCGUGCCCUGAAAGGGGCCUCAGAGGCCAAACAUUGUGGAGGGGUGGCCCAGCACUGAACCACAUACUGAUGUGGGAUCUUAAUUUGAUCACCUUGU